ACCGCCCCUCCCAGCAGUCUAGUCCUUCCUUCCUUCCAGACACCAGAAGUUCCGCCGCCGAGCGGACACCUUAGCUUGUGAGUCACCGAGUUUGUACUUCUGCGCAGGCGCCCUCAGCCCACAUCUGGCUUGGCUCCUGCGGCGAUACCGCCCCGCUGUCAUGGCUCCUCUGCCGCUGUCGCUGCCGCUUUGUAUUCUGCCGGCGGGCUCGGGCUCUCCCCGCUUGGUGUGCUACUGCGAGCCGGAGAGUGGUGGAGACGGGGACCGCGACGACUUCAACCUCUAUGUGACAGACGCCGCGGAGCUCUGGAGCACCUGCUUCUCGCCUGACAGCCUGGCGACGCUCCAGAAAGCCCGAUUUGGCCUAAGUGGGGCUGCGGAUAUCCAUUCCCGGUUCAGGGCUGCCUGCCAACAGCAGGCAGUGACUGUAAGCCUGCAAGAGGACAGAGCAUCGAUGACCCUUUCAGGGGAUACCUCUGCCCUGGCCUUUGACCUCUCCAAAGUGCCCAGCCCGGAAGCAGCCCCCAGGCUGCAGGCUUUGACUCUCAGCCUGGCAGAGCGUGUAUGCAACCUGGAGAGGCGGCUGGCAGCUGCAGAAGAGACCACCACUAGCCCCAGGAAGAACAGCCAGCCAGCAGGCACCCAGUCCUUCUUACCAGAACUUGAUCACCAGAGAGGCAGCGCUGGGCCUGGGGUCAGGAGACGCUGUCCAGGGGAGUCUCUCAUCAACCCUGGCUUCAAGAGCAAGAAGCCAGCUGGUGGUGUAGACUUCGAUGAGACCUGAAGAUAGCAAAGCCUGUUACCUUUCCAGGAGCCUGUCUGCAAAGAAAGGGGAGAUCUAGGACCCCCUAAUCAGACACCCCUUGCUUCACUUCCCCUGUGGUCCUGCUGUUGGGCAAAGGUGCCUCUCAUCCCUUCCCCAUCAAAUAAACUGCUCCCUCGGGGAGAGAUGCUAGGCCA